ACCAGAUGGGCAACCCUCGGUUUAAGGCUACAUUUUGCAACCGUAUUUUUUAUGUGUUAUUUUUUACCAACAAUAAAUAAACGAUAGUUAUGUGCCCAAAAUGUUAAUUGUUUUGGUAGUAAUUGCCACACUGAGCCAAUGCAGAGCCACGUCCACGAUACACAUGCCGGUGACGACCCAGGAUAUUAUUGCAGGUGACGUGUUCUUUGAAAUCAUUUCGCCGCAAGACCUCGAAUACACCUACAGACUGCGACCGGCCAAGGACUUUGGCGUGUCCUUCUCGGAGAAGCUGGAGGGCAUACCGAUGGUGUUGACCGAUCCCCCAGAGGCUUGUCAUCGCAUCCGCAAUGCCCGAGAGAUGCACGGCAGCAUUGCGCUCAUGGACAGGGGCGAAUGCUCGUUCCUUACCAAAACACUUCAUGCAGAGGCUGCUGGUGCCAUUGGCGCUAUUAUCACGGAGUACAAUUCAAAUUCGCCGGAGUUUGAGCACUACAUUGAGAUGAUACACGAUAAAACGAAUCGCGAUGCCAAAAUCCCAGCCGGCUUUUUGCUUGGCAAAAAUGGCAUGAUCAUACGCAGUACGCUGAUGCGGCUGAAGCGUGUUCAUGCGCUAAUUAACAUACCAGUGAACCUGACCUUUACCCCGCCAUCGAAAAUCAAUCAUCCGCCCUGGCUGGGCUGGUGAGAGGCAGACAGUCAGACAGACAGUCAAAUAGUCAGACAGCAGCGUCGAAAAUUGAAAACCAAAGUGCACACUUAGUCAGCAGCGCUUUAUUUGAACUUUAAGCGUAGUUCCGUAUUACGAUAUAUAUUUGUCAAGGUUGUAAACCAUUCAAAAUCUAGGGAAUAGUUUUGAGGCACGCCACUAAAUUCGAUAUUAUCAAGUAUUUUUUUCUUUUUAUUUAGAAUUUGUCAAAAAUUGUAGUCUAAUUAUUACAUAAAUUUUAUAUUAACUAAACUAAAUAAUCAUUGCUUUGAGCAUAUUCUUGUCUGCAUUUAAACUAAUUAUUGAGCUUUGAGACAAAUACUUUCUUUAUUAGUCAAUUGUUUAUUUAGCCAUGACUUCAAAUUGUUAAAUGUUCUCCGCAUCACAAUUUCAUAAUGAAAAUGUAGCUAAACUUUCCUUUAUUUUGUUAUUAACAAUAACAUUAAAUGUUUAUUUUAUGAUUUUUUUUAGAGAAAUUUCGCACAAAUUUUGCAGUUUGUGGUUUACAGCCGUGCUCAUUAGACUUGACUAACAACAAACUGAAACUGAACUGAAUUUAAGUAGUUAAAUUGUAUACAAAAGCAAUCCCCUCUAAAAAACAAAAGCAAUCCCAAACAACAACAAAAAGCCCAAAGCAUACAUUGUAAAUAAAAUUGCUUAGCAAAAGACAGGUCGUAAAUUUGUAAGCUAAUUAAACAAAAUACAAAA